UCCGGCAUGUUACCCAUGAGUCAUAGCGGCACCUCCGGGAGCAGCUCCAGCCAGUAUCCCAGUUGGUGGUCAAUGAGCUCCUCCUCGCUCACCCCAGUCUCCCAGUCCAGUGGAAUGUCCAACAGCUUGGGCUCUCAGUUCCUGCGCAGCUCUACAACUCAUUACCCAGGGCUCUUGCACCCGGCCACAGUGCCCCUCUCAGGCUCCCCGCUGUAUGACAGCACUGCUCUAUCGGAAGUUCAUGAAGCCUCACAGUAUGACGCCUCUCCCCACCCGCGCUUAGCCACCACCGGGACUCCCAUCACUCCUCCUUCCCUGUAGGGCGGCGCACUUCCAUUA